UGGGACACUUCCUGAGUAGAGUGGGACAGAUAAACUUUGAAACUGAGCUACAGGUGGAGCAUUUUGUGCUCAGGAGAUGAAGAUUGCUGGAUAGUUGAUUCAGACUGGUGCUACAGCACAGACUCAGCAGUGACACUGCACAGCAGAUCAGACAGGUAGGAGGGAGUGUCAGAUACUGGGAAGAUACAGUUACAAGAAUAUAAUCUGUACAGCAGAGAGGAGGGUGAGAUAAGGACAGGUGAGGUUUGCAUUUUGAGAACAGGUAUACAGAGCAAAAAAUAUACAUACACAGUCUAGGAUCCUCCAGAAGCACCCAAUGUACCACCUCUACCUGGGAGUCAGACCUCCACUGUUCAACAUGCACUUGUUAUGAAUUCAAUCUGCACCUUCAGGUAAGGGACUGACCAGGUAACUGACUACCUGCCCAGUAGGAGACUGUUUGAUCUGUUGGACAGUUGUAGCUUCAAUGAAUAUUUGUGAACUAGGUUUAUUGUAUACUAGAUAUAGUACCCAUUGCUCACACAGUAAUUCCAUACUCAGGUUAGAUCACAGGUACAUGGAAUUUGAUCUGCAUUCCCUUUAGAAAAAAACUAAACAUUUAUUAUACAGUAAACUGUGUUUAUACUUUUAAACGUAUUUAUCGGUCUAAUAUGAAGUCUAUAUGUCUAUAUAUCUAUCUAAAUUGUAAUGUAUAUAAAUUUUGUGAUGUAGACUAAAUAUCUAUGUCUGUCUAAUGUGGAGUCUAGAUAUAUGUUAAUCUAUUUUAUAUGGUGUCUAUGUAUAUGUAUUUAUUUAUCUAUUUAUGUAUCUAGUCAUUAGAUACACAAUAAUUAUUUCAGCCAUGCUCAUAAUUAUUAUAUCAUAGUUAUUUCUCAUUGUGAUUCACUAUUUCUUAAUAAUUAUCUCAAAUACCAUUUUCACAUAUCACGAGAUUAGAAUUUCAAGCUUUCAAAGAAUGAGGAAUUCUGGAUCCAAAUAAUUUAUGUUUUAUGUUUACCCUAGUAAUCUUUGGGGCGAAAUGGAUCUCUAUUAAACAGUGAAUGCUCACUAAGGAUGUACACAUUAAAUAAACCAAAUAGAUUAAUUUAGGGUGAUUGCUAAUAUUAGAUUAGUACUAGUGGUUCGUGUCCAAAUUUGACAGAAUUGGAUGAUCGAUAGUGCAACCUCCAGCACUUCAGAUGCUGUGGACUACAUCUCACAUAAUUAUUUGAAAGCAUAAAGCAUCAGGAGAGAUGUAGUCCAGAGCAUCUCAGCCGCUGCUGAUUGCCUACCCUUGCCCUAAAUGCUGAUCCUACUGUUCCUUAACCCCUAGUUUGAAAACUUCUGAUUGGACAAGUAAAUAAGCUAUUUUAUUAUUAUGCCACCACAAAUGUUUGUAGAUUUAUAACUGUUAAUAAAACUGGCAUUAAAGUAACUUAGAACAAUUUUCAUGGUGCACUUAAAAUACACUCCUUAAAUGUAUUACUUGAUUUACUAAACAUUAGGCUGUACCAUAAACAAGUAUAAUUUAUUUACACGCUGUAACCUACUGUGUUCUCGUCAUUGAGAAUUCAAUUUACCUUUUGUAAUCUUCUAUUUACACACAGAUAGACGUAUUAACUGGUCCCUUUUCAGUUAAUUAUAGUUAAUAUAAAACAAUUUAUCUUUAAAUAAACAUUAACCAAUAUCCUUUCUACAAUAUACAUUGAAAAAACAAAACAAAAUAAUAAAAUACUGAUAAGAUGAUACACGUAUAAAAAAGGAUUGAAAUCCCAAAUAAUAUAAAAGAAUAUUAGACCAGUCCAAAUAAAAAUAUUAGUUCUGGUACAAAAUGAAUCACAAAAUAGACAAAUAAUUGUAAAACAUAUUAUGAAAAUAGUUUAAUAUGUACUGUCCAAUUCUAAUCUGUUUUCUUAAUAUCUCUUUGCAGUGACUGAGAGUAAUCAUUGAAUUUGAAGAUGUCGGAGUUUUGGUUAAUUUCAGUGCCAGGGGAUAAUGCCAAUUUAACAGCAUUGGACAGGAUGAAUACUGUCACCUCCAAAGCUAACCUGUCCAGCAAUGCAAAGUUUGUCAUACCUGAUCUAAAGGUAAGUGUGCAAUCUGCUGGUAAGUGUGCUGUGAUAGAAUUAAAGGCAAACUGUCACGGUCAAACCAUUUGAAACUCUAUCUUUACCUAUUCCCUGUAUUUAACAAAAAUGUAUUUGUUAUGUGUGAAAAUGAAAUUUAAUGUAAUAAUCCACAACUCUUUAUGCUGUAACUGGGUGCCGACAGCUAAAAGCUCUGUUUCUUGGCACGUGGCAGAAAGCAUAAAGAAAACAUACAAAGAUGUGUCUAUUUCUCUUCUUCCUCUGUCAAGGCUAUGGGUUUUUCCUAAUCUGAACUGGAUUACAAUGUAAUUUGCUAAAUCAUUAAUAUAAAUCUAAAAGAAGUCAUAGCAUCUCACCAAAAAAGGCCACAAGAUAUAGGGGAUUGUCAAUGUUUUAUACAGCGGUGUUAAUUAUAGAGAGUUUUCCUUUAAAUAUUAAGCUUUUGGCAUUAGUCACUAAAAGUUGGAAAGUUGGAAUCAUGAACAAAUGGAAUAGAGAAGGAAAAUAAAACUGUAUUUAAAAAAAUAAAUAAAAACUAGACCCAAAUACAAGAAAUUAAAUAAAAUAUUAACAGCUGUUUUCCACCUCUCCUAUUAAGGCCUUAAAUGGGCAAAUCUUACUGAAAUUCCCCAAUUUUUGUCUUUGUGAAUAACCCUAUCAUUUUUUAAAGGAAUAAAGGUUUAAUACUUUAAUAUUACCUUAUUCAUAGCACUGGAUUUUAGCUAAACGUCAUCCUUAAAGGGACACUUCAAACAACUAAAGCAGUUUAGCUUGCUGAUGUGCUUUAUGAGUGAGGAGUGUGUCCUUUUUCUUUCAUUAUACAAAAAUUGCAGAUUUCAAUAGAAAUCUGAAUUUUUUUUAUAAAUUCAUCUUGUUACACUGCAGUCCUGUUUCUUCCUGGUUGUUUAGCUCAGUGGAGAAUGGAGAGACAGCAAUUGCCCAGAUCACCUGCCUUGUAAAGACUUCUCAUUGAGCAGCAUUGGGAAAGUCUGUGAUUGGACAGUCACAGAAAGUCUGUGCGGGGUUAGAAGGGGAGGGCUUGUAAAUGGUGAAAAUAGCAGUUUUGCAAGCUGUUUUUAGAUCUAACAAAUAUUUUAAAAAUGCACAAUUAAAUGUUUUCAAUGAGGGUAUAUCUACUGCAUUCUAUUUUAUUUUACUUUUUUAUUUUAUUAUAUUUUAUUUCAUUUAAGCAGUGAAGCAUCCAUAUAAAAACUGAUGUAUUUUGGCAUAUAUUGAGUACACAUAUAAAUGAACAAAAGCGAGUCUGAUAAAUAUGAAUGUUAAUAAGUAAUUGGCCAGGCACAGCGGGGGAAAGGGAGUGAAUGGAGGAAGCAACAGUUCCAGCAACAGUAUCUUACGUUGCAGUUGUUGUAGUCGUUUAUUCCUACACCUGCUGCUUCUUAACCCCGCCACUUGCUUAAUUUUACCCUUUUCUGGAACUGAGAUUCUUGAAUGCUGAGUACCUUUGUGAGUAGGUGGGCAUUCAUACUGCUGAUGGUCAGUUCUAGUUCCUGUGUGCUAGUUGAGGAUAAUGCAUGUUUAAUAAAUAGCAACUAAUUAAAGUCUAGACUCUCUAGUGUAAUCACUAUUAGCACAGGUAGACUGAAACUCAUUGCUACUAGUUUACAAAUAGCACGUAGACAUUUAUUUCAAGGUCAUCAUCAAUUGGAAGGUCGGGUAGUGAACUUUUAUUCUCAGUUAGUAGAAAUUUUGUACAAACUGGUCAGUCUGCCCUGGCCCUAUCUGGAUGAUGCACCCUUUAUUAAGUCAUUUUGCUAGAACUGGCUCAUACUGACUUUAGUGAAUGAUGACUUUGAGAUCUUUGUGUAAAAACACACGGAAUGCUCUACUUGAUUUUUGUUGAAAACAAAACGUGCCUGAUCACUCUUCGUUUACAGUUAACAAAUGUAAAUCUGUUUGUGGCGAUUUUUUUCUCAGUUAAAGGGACGCUGUCAGGUGGAUUAUAAAGAUAAAGCUCUAAAAAUAAAUGCAAACAUAUCAUUGAGAAUAUAAAAAUAAAGGAAAAAAACACUCUAAAUAAAAUAAAUAUAUUAUUUUUAAAGCUAGACGCUGUGGCUUUUGUCCUUAGAGUAUUCCUUUAAAAGUAACAAAAUGUGUAAAAAAUAUACUCACAUUUGAAGUUCCUGCAUUUGUUGCAAAUCCCUUUGCUUUGCAGGGUCAGAAAUUAGCACUAACCAAAUCAGGAAAUGAUUCAACCAAUCAUGAUUCUCGCUUCAAGAGACACAAUAGUCACCCAAACCACUUCAUCUCAAUAAAGUGAUCUGGGUGCAGUGUACCCUGUUUUUUUUUUUUAACACUGCAAAGUAAAACAUUAUCAUUUUGAGAAACUGUAAUGUUUACCUUGAAGGAUUAAGGCCACAUCUAGUGGCUGUGAGUGUGACAACCACAUAAUUCGCUUUCACAACAUUGACCGACAUGGGCCAAAGCAUACUAUGAGUACUUAUGGAUAGGACUUUGGCAAAUGAGGCCAUUACUCUUUCGUGAUGUCGCUGGAGGUGAAGAAGUGCUGGAAAAAAUUAAGCCGUUCUUUUUUAUUUUUUUUUAUUUUAUUGCACCCGGUGGGGAACCUGAAUAAUUGUAGGGACAGGAACACUAUCGAUUUGUACAGAUUUGUAUUCCUAACACUACAGUGUUCCUUUAAUGUCCUUUAAUGUAGCUGAGAUUAUCCCAUAAAAUCAUGUGAUUCUGAGGAUUGCAGUUCUGCAGAGGAUUCUGGGAAUUUCCAGAUUCCUCCUGUAGUAAUCUAAAAGCUGAACUACAACUGGUAGAGAGAUAGUUCUGAAAUGAUAUACAUUGGUACUUUUUUGCAGUAAAAAGGACACCCUGUAGUUUGGGAGGGAGAGACAGAAAGGAUGCUCUUAUAGAGCAAAACUAUAUUUUUAAACUAAAGAUUAAUAGAAAAAAAGUCUCACUUUAUUCUAUCAUAAACAUUACUUCUAUUAUGUGUGAUUGCCCUUUAAGGAGCCUGCAAAUCAUUGGUUUAUUUACUUACAAAAAUAUUGUAUUCUGCCCGCUAGAGCCAUGAUUUAAUAUUUUUGGAUACAUUUUUUUUUUUGGUUAAUCUUUUAACAUGAUUUUUUUUUUAAUAUUAAAAUGUCAAAAAUAUACCAAUAUAUAAAAAAGUAUCAAAAUAUUAAAAUAGUGUUCAAAAGAUGAAAUAUAUGAAAAUAAAAUCAGAAAAUAAUUUGAAAAGCUUAUCCUUUACUAUUAAAUCGAGGCCUCGUUUUAAGAUUGGUUUUAAAAACAACAUAAUCUAUAAAAAGUGAUCAAACUACAAAAAUCAAAACCUUUAAAAAGCUUUCUUUUCACUGUUUUUUUUUGUUUUUUUUUUAAUUGGUAUGAUUUUGUUUGCUAAACAUCUCAUAUAAUGCAAAUAACACAUAGCUGACCUUUCCCUUAUCUGUCUUAUAUUCAUCCUUUUGUUAUGUAUAUAGCACAUGUACAACAAGCUUCAAUGUAACCCCAUAGAAAAGUUGUGCUUUUUAAAUAUUUUUAAAUCGAUACCCUUUUUUGUUGUUGACAUUGAUACAGUAACAGCAUUUUUUUUGUCUCUUUUUUUUUUCUUUAGGUGGGAACGUUAGAUGCUUUAAUUGGUCUUUCUGAUGAGUUGGGGAAACUUGAUGUCUAUGCGGAAGGGUAAAAUAUCCCUUUGUUUACUACACACAACCCACGAGCUGCUAUUGUUUUCUCAUACACAACAAUCCUGACUGAGCCAAACUCAGUUCUGACUUGCUCUGGAUUUAAAGAUUAAAAAAAAGUGUCUGAGUUUGGUUUGGGAAAGGUGACAAGCCUGUUUAUGCGGAGAGAUAUAUAGGGAGAUAUGCUUACAUUAAAAGAACACUCUUAACAUGAAUGAUACAUUUAUAUUUUAGUUUGAAAGUGUUUCUGUGGACUUUUAGAUUGUGAUAAAAGAUUUAGCAUGGUCCCAUCAUACUUCUUGACCAAUGGCUGAUGGGAAAAAGAGACGAAAAUUCUGCGUUUGGCAUAUAUUGCCGAAUAUUAUAAAUUACAUGAGACAAAAUAGUCCCGUUACAUGACAGUCAAAAAGAUCUUUUCAUAAAUAUUGUGUAAAACUAAUAAUACAAAACUGGAUAUCGUUACAAAAACCGAUAAUGCAAUAAUUAUAAUAACUAUCAAUUGUUUAAGAAGGGAUAUCUUCCAUAAUUGCGAUUAGGGACCAGCUCCAUCAUUUAAUCUCACCUUUCGAUUGAAACUACUUUAAUUUCUAGAGAAGGUCUGUCUUUCGAGAUACACUUACGUUUCUAAAUCUUAUAAUUAUAUCGUUCUUAAAAACAUUUUAUUCAUGAAUACUACUCCCUUUUGGGACUUAUGUUGUUAUUCAAUGUUUUGUUUUCUUUAUUCUUUUAUUAUAAGACUAUGCCAGUGUCUUAAAGGAACGGUUUAGGCACCAUAACAACUUAAUUGAAAUCCCAUUGAUAAAACUGACUUGAAAUUAAACGUACCUUUUUCAAGCCAGUUUUAUGAAUGGGGAUUCACCUAUUGACUGAGAGCGUCAGCUGAUCAUUCUCAACCAAUCAGCAGCGCCACUGCCUGAUUCUGCAAGAGCCUUCCAGGUUAGAGAUAUUGAUAGGCAAAGAAGCAGGGAGAUUUACCCCAAAGUCUGGAACAUAGACUUUGGGGUAAACCAUUCAAGAUAGGCUAACCUCUUAAGGCAAGCCAGCACCAGGGACCUCCUGUUACCAUAAUAACAACUUCAUGUUGAUAUAGUUAUUGUGUUACCCAAAUUGUUCCUUUAAGUUAUGUUUACAAAUGAAACAUUUACAUAUUAACCACUGUUUCAUAUUAUUACGUGUCUAUUCCUUUGAUAUAGUCAUGAUGUCUUUAAUGCAUUAUAAAACCAAAUAAAGAUAGAAUUUAAAAAAUAAAUAAAAUAAAAUGCUGUAUGCAGUUAAACGAUGGAUUAAUUAGUCAUUUGGUACAAAUGCCGUAUGCAGUUAAGCAAAGGAUUACACCCAGUGGUAGAAGUGUAUAAUCACUCAGAUUACACCCUGUGGCUGUAGUGUAUAAUCACUCAAAUUACACCCAGUGGAUAUAGUGUAUAAUCUCUUAGAUUACACCCAGUGGCUGUAGUGUAUAAUCACUCAGAUUACACCCAGUGGCUGUAGUGUAUAAUCUCUCAAUUUACACCCAGUCGCUGUAGUGUAUAAUCACUCAGAUUACACCCAGUGGCUGUAGUAUAUAAUCACUCAGAUUACACUCAGUGGCUGUAGUGUAUAAUCUCUCAAUUUACACCCAGUGGCUGCAGUGUAUAAUCACUCAGAUUACACCCAGUGGCUGUAGUGCAUUAUCACUUAGAUUACACCCAGUGGCUUUAGUGUAUAUUCACUCAGAUUACAUCCACAAACUGUAGUGUAUAUUUACUCAGAUUACACUCAGUGGCUGUAGUGUAUAAUCUCUUAGAUUACAUUCAGUGGCUGUAGUGUAUAAUCUCUCAGAUGCUAUCCAGUGGGCGUGGCCAUUGUGUAUAUAUGAAAUAAUUAAUGAUUUAUUAAAUGUCCCCACUGGUUGUAGUGUAUUAUGUAGGUACUGCAGAUAAAUGAAUGCAGCACAGUAUCCUUAGAGGUAGGGAGGGGGAAGGGGUCCUCAAUGGGAACCAAGCAGGCAAAGGUUAACAAUAAUAUGAAUCAAAUAGUAUAUUCCAAUAUAAAAUAGGACACUUGUAACUUGAUACUUGCCAGCAAGUUCGUUUAGUGUAUAAAGAAAUAUAUCUGCUAUGUGACAGGGUUUAAGUUAAAUAUGUACAUAUACUCUAAACAGGAAGAUUAUUUAGAACGUAUAUAGUAAUAUAAUUAAUUAUUGCAUGGCCAUCUGUUUUUUUAAUUAUUUUUUUUAUUAUUAGUUCUUUUUAGCGUUACUAUUACACGUUUUCUUCAUAUUGUGUUUUAAUCUUGAUUGUCUAUUUUAAUGAUUAUUGGUAAAUUGGAUGGUUAAUUAACAUAUGUUACUCCAGUAUUGAUCUGAUUGGUGACUAAGGGAUGAUGAAAUCAAUAAGGGUAUAACAAGAUUCCAGGUCUUGGAGAGUAUCAGAAGCAGAUUGUUUACCCAGCUUUAUUAAGUGGUCUGGGAGCCAGGUCCCCCUGGUCCCCCUAGUUUUAACCCUAGAGAAACUGCUAUGUUUACACUGUAGGGUUAGUCUAGCUUCUAAUGGCUGUCUCCCUGACAGUCUCUAGAGGCCACUUUCGCGAUUUACACAGAGUAAAUCGCACUUAUUUGACACUGGACAUCCUCACGGCGUCAAAAAAAGAUUCCCAUAGGAAAGCAUUGAGUAAUGCGUUCCUAUGGGCAGGUUUGAAUCGCCGCGCAUGCGCAUUCGGCUCCACUCGGGAGCUGACCUCCGCGGGGGAGGAGCGGUCACCAGCGCCAAGGGAGCCGGGCCCUGGAUUAAGGUAAGUGGCUGAAGUGGCCGACGGAGGGGGGCAUGCCAAGAGCCUAUACUGCCAGGAAAACGGGUUUGUUUUCCAGGCAGUAUAGGAUCCCUUUAAAGCUCUUUAUCGCUUAAUUUAGUGUAUUUGUGCUAAUUGUUCCAAUAAUUAGUCCAGGCAGAGGCAUUGCUUGGUUCCAGAAUCUCCUGGGAUUUCCCCCCAAAGGAAAACUUGACGACCCCUACACUAACAGAGAGGUGGAGCUAUUUCAGGAGAUAUCCCUCCCUGCCUUGCUACGUUAUGCUCCCUCCUCUAAACCCGUGAACAAUCUGCUUCUGAUACUCUCCAAGACCUGGAAUUAAAGCAUAGCAUAUUCUGCUCAUCCGGAUAUUCAAUGUGAUCCCACCAUGCUACAUAUCUGAUCAAGGAGAGUGCAGCAAAGAUAUGUUUGCCAGCACCACCUGGGGGGCAUCGCCCACUCCCCUAAGUAGCCUGGCAGAGCCCUGUACUACUAAUCUUUUUUUGUAUAACGGAUGGCGGUGUAGUUGGAGUAGCAACAGCCUGAUGCAAAAUAAUAAUACUUGAAAAAAAACUAAAACACUAAUAAUCCCCCCACCUCCCCCCACACCAACCAUAGAGAUCUUGGACUAAAGAGCUCCACAUCUGGGGGAUCAGACCCCAAGUCAAUCUCCUCAUCCAUCCCCCAAGCUAUGCCUAUGAUUCCAGGGCUAAUCAUAAAGAUUAAUAGUGAUGGAAAGUUCCAAACUGGAACAUUCGCCAUGGAAACUAAAGGAUUUCUCCUGAAGAUUUCACCACGUUUAGAACGUUCCCCCUACAUAGCCUGCCAUGCCUAACUCCCAUCAUCAAAUUAAUGUUGUUUAGCUUAUAGCAUUUUUCUUUUUUUGGGACCCACAUUACACCAAAACAGAUAAAAACCCCUCUACAACCAUGUACGUUAAUACCAGGCAAAAGUGUUUGGAAAGGAACUGCCAUUUCACAGGAUGUGGACUACAUCUCCUCGGUUGCUUUGCCAGCCUGCAAUGGUAGAACUUGCCCCUUGUAUACAUUAAUAUAUUUAACGUUAAAGCAAUACUGUGCUUAUUCCACACUUUAUAUAUGUGUUUAUCAACCAAUAUAGUUACAUGUUGCUCAAAGUAUAUUCACAUUUUCAUGGUCUCUAGAUUAAUGGGUCGAUUCUCAGUAUUAACGGACAGAAUCUAAGAGUAAAUGGGCCGAUUCUCAGUAUUAACGGACAGAAUCUUAUAGUAAAUGGACCGAUUUUGAGUGUUAAUGGACAGAAUAGGAGAGUAAAUUGGCCGAUUCUCAGUGUUAAUGGACAGAAUCUGAGAGUAAAUGUCAUGAUUCUCAGUGUUAAUGGACAGAAUCUUAGAGUAAAUGGGCAGAUUCUCAGUGUUAAUGGACAGAAUCUUAGAGUAAAUGGACCGAUUCUCAGAGUUAAUGGACAGAAGCUGAGAGUAAAUGAGCCCAUUUACUCUCAGAUUCUGUCCAAUAAUACUGAGAGUAAAUGGGUCGAUUCUCAGUGUUAAUGGACAGAAGGGUAUAUGGGCCAAUUCUCAGGGUUAUGGUAAAUCUUCAGGAUCUCGGCAAUGAUUGGACAGAUUUUCAGAGUGAGCAGAUUCUCACGGUGAAUGAGAAGAUACAAAUGGUCUCAGAAUUUCCAGGAAUGUUCUGUGCUGAUUUGAUGACACUUGAUACUCACAAUUCCACAAAUGCCAUUGUUGAUAUCACCAACUGACUACAGAUAUAUAAGUGGGCAUAUGUGGCUUAAUUAUGCCAUUUUGACAGGUUGGUACGUAUAAUGUGUACUGGCUGCUACAGGGUUAAACUUAUGAAAUAUGUCAAGGUCAUCCGAUUUCAGGUUCUGAGAUAUAAUAACACCUGUGCAGGCUUCAUGCUCUGCUAUGACAGCUUAUCUCCUGUGUUAUGGGAUAUACAAAAUCCAAGGAGCAUAGCCUGUAAAACAAGGCAGCACGAACCUGUCAGCUCUACCUCUAUCCAGGACGAGAUAGCGAUGGACUAUUUCACAGCUUGUUUUUUCCAUCUAGUUUGAUUAUUUAUUUAUACUGGGCAGUCUUUGAGUGUUUUUCCAUUGUCAGCCUUGGACAGUGGUACAUUUUCUAAAGCUUAUAUUGUGUUCUUGUAAAACAUCUUCCUAAUGAAAGAGUUCAUAUUCUGUACGUGCAUUUACACCCAGUGACAUGUAUUUUUACAAGUAGUUUUUUUUACUUUUACUGUAUAGUAUUUGCAAAACAAUAUUUAGAAUUUUAUUGGGUUUAAAACAGGGGUCCUUAAAGUCAUAUUACCCAAAGGGUUGCCCAAAAUGGGUCCUAAUGACAUUUCUCUAAACAGUCCAAGAUCUGUCAGAACAGUCCGACCUCCAGAUUAAUACCUUGUAGAGAUGGGUAUUAUGUUAUACCAGUGGCUAGAACAGCAUAGCUGCCCACUAUAAAUGAUUCACUAUAGUAUUAUUAUAUUUAUUAUUAUUGUUGGUAUUUAUAUAGUGCCAACUUAUUCCGCAGCACUUUACAAUAUUAUAAAAGGGAUAAAUUUAACAAUAAAUGAGACAAUUACAAAAUGUUACAGGAACAAUAGGUUGAUGAUGCUCAAAGGAGCUUACAAUCUACAGGAGGUUGGAUCUAAAAACACAAUAGGACCCCCCUAGGAUAUGCCGAAUGCAAGUCUAAUUAUCUUAUUAUAUAUAAAAUGUGCCAAUAGACUGUCACGGGUGGCGGUCCGAAGACCGGGACCUCUAUGUGCCUGAUGAGGAUGAUUGGAGUCUCAGUGUGGAAAUAGACAAUCAGGGUCUGGUUUCAUGGCAAUCAAACAACAAGGAGGAAAUGUAGCAGAUCUGGGGGUGAGAGUAGAGUGCGGCCCUUCAGGAUAGAGCAAGAGACAAGUUUGUGAAAUGGAAGUUAUUCCGGGAGGCCAUAAGCUUUUCUGAACAGUAGCACAGUCUUCCUAGUGCAUGGUAGACACAUUUAAGUCUGGGAAAAACAUUUGAUUUUGACAAGUGUUUUGCAGAAUUUACAUUAGGAUAUAUUAAAUUACAGUUGAAUAAUGGAUCACUGAGAUUAUUUUACAACUGAAGAGUCAACUUUCUUGCUAAUGAUAUGUACGCAAUUUAGUUCCCCAUCAAAAGAGGUCAAGAAGUAGUAAGUUGAAGAAUAUCCGCACGCAGAUCGCAUUUAAUCACUGAUACUUUGUUUAUUCACUAAACAGCUAGUUAAAAAAUUAGUUUCUAAUACAGGUAAACUGCCAAUAUUAUUUGAUAUUUUUUUUCUCCUACUUUAAAGGAUCACUAUAGUGUCAGGAAAACAAAGCGGGUCCCCCUCCCGUGGUGCUGAAGGGGUUAAAACCCCUUCAGCCACUUACCUUUAUCCAGCGCCGGGCUCCCUCGGCACUGGUGACCUCUCCUCCCCUGCCGACAUCAGCUCCCGACUGGAGUGGAAUGCUCAUGCGCGGCAAGUGCCACGAGUGCAUUCAAAUAGUCCAUAGGAAAGCAUUUCUCAAUGCUUUACUAUGGACGCCCUGCGCGAUGGUUGCAAAAUUCGCAUCCAGUGUUGCAGAUGCGCCUCUAGCGGCUGUCAGGAAGACAGCCACUAGAGGUUGGCUUAACCCCUAAUGUAAACAUAGCAGUUUCUCUCAAACUUCUAUGUUUACAUCUGAAGGGUUAAAAUCUGGGGGACCUGGCACCCAGACCACGUCAUUGAGCUGAAGUGGUCUGGGUUACUAUAGGGUCCCUUUAAGAUAUUGUGCUCACAGAUGGUGUAAAUGUAAAGUAUUGAUGAUGAUGAUGAUGAUGACAACCAGUAUUUUGUGGCCUUGUUUUGUCAUCCAUCAAUGACAAUAGAAUAUAAUAAAUCCCAUCAUGAACACAUUUCGUUCUUACCAUAGGUAUCAUGUGCUGAUAUGUACACCAGUAAAUCCCAGUGUGUAAUAAAACAAAAAAAACAUAUAUAUGUUUAACAUAAUUUUCUGUACAUUCCAGGUGCACAUUUGUAUGUAAAUGGACAUAUUGGCUGAUUCACAAUUACUGUCAUGGACACAUUGUUUGUGUAUAUGUGAGGUAGAAGUGGUCUUUAUAAAACCACCUAGGUAAAUGAGAAACUUUAAGAAUCUAUUAAAACAAACAAAUGGAACUUUCUGUCCAGAGUUCUUUGUACGUGGCAUAAACUACAUGUAAAAUUAUGUCUGAGGGGUGUGGAUAAUUUGUGGCGCAGUAUUCAUUUUUUCUAGUGACACAUUUUUAUAUAGCGCCAAUAUAUGCUGCACCACUUUAUGAUUAUAGAUGUAAAACAAGUAUUUACAUGAAAAGUAAAGUUGAGGUGAAGAGGGCCCUGGUCAAAUGAGCUCACAAUCUAAGAGGAAGGGAACGAAGAACACAAGAGGAUUAAAAAAUUGUCAGAGGGGUGGACAGGGUGGUGGAUAUGAUGCAUGUGUUUAGUUAAUUCUGGCAAUCUAGAAUGGAAGGAGAGGACGAGUUGAGUGGACAGUGAAAGUGUAGCUGGGGGGUUGGAGGACUGUUAAGUUGCGAGAAGUUACCCAGAAAUAAGCUUUCCUAAAGAUACUUUUUCUUAGAAUGUGGUUGAGCAUUUAAUAGAAAGGGUGCAGUCCAAGAGAAAUCCUGUAGACAAGAAUUAGCUGAGGUGGAUCGAACAGAGGACAAGAGAACCUCAUAUGGACACACACUAGUUAGAAUGUUUCGGAGAUAAGGAUUAUGGCGAGCCUCAGUUCGGCGGUUGGAAUAUUUAUGUGUUUCUUAUACAAUCUUUCUAUGUGUUUGAUAAUAUGUAAUUCAUAGAACAUAUUAGUACACAUUAUGAAUUGUCCUCUUUUAUAUUUGAUUUUAGUUUUAAAUCUAUCAGUCCAAUGCAGAGAAACUGGUUUUGUGGGCCAGUGGAAAGUGGAAACCCCAUUUUGGCCAAUGGUUUAAUUAAGAAAAUAUCUAUUGUUCUUCAGGAUUUUAAUGUCUGAUUUAUUACUUUGCAACUGUAAAUAUAAUGUAAGGCUAAGGAGAUCUAUGGCAAACAUACUUACAUGCGAGUUUGAACAGUGUGUGAGCACAGACUUUAAAAUGGUCUAAAACUUUAUACCAUGACCACUAGUGUGCCUUGAGGACUUUUUUUAGGAACACUUAUUGAAUAAAGAUGAAGUCCACCAAUGUGUGUCAGCAGGGCCGGACUGGGAACUAAAAACAGCCCUGGAAAAAAAUUCUAUACCAGCCCAAUAAUGCGUCGCGCCAGCAUAGUGUCCUGAUUAAGAGGGUGAAAAAAUAACUUGAAAUUGAAAACUCUUACUCCAACGAAAGAACGCAUAUAUGGCUUCAAAAUAAACAAAAGAGCACCUUUAUUUUAAGUAGACGUACAUUUGCAUGUAAUCAAUGUUUCAGUACAACUACUUUGGCCUAUUAAGGACAUUUUAGUAAUGGUACUGAAAUGCUGAAUGUCUGCAGUUGCACAACUAAAAAAUUAAGUGAUCUUGUUUAUUUUGAAGUUCUAUGGGUGCGCUCUUCACUUUGAAUAUGUUAUUGUGCAUGAGUAUGCAACUAGCAACAAGACUGGGCCAAUAUGUGCUCAUUACAUGUGUGUGUGUGUGUAUUACUGUCAGGAUCACAUCAAUUUACGUCUAUUACCUUUACCUCGUUUAGUGUAUCUUGUCUCCAAUUGUCUCCUUUUUUUCUCUUACAGCGACCCUUGUGCAUCUUUUACUUCAUCCCAGCCCCUGUGUGUUUCUUUUUACCCUUCUCCAGCCUCUGUAUUUCUCUUUCCCCAGCCCCUUUUGUGUUGUUCUUAGCCCCAGCCACUUUGUCUCUUUCUCCCCUUCCAAAUCUCAUCUGUGUGUCUCUUUCUAACUCCAGACUCUGUGUGCCUCUUUCUCUUCUCCCAGUCACUCUCUGUCUCUUUUUUCCCCAGCCCAGCGUUGCCUCCCACAAAUCUUGUGUCACUUUGUUCCCCUUCCCUACUGUAUGUCUCUUUGUCCCCCCAACAAACCUUCUGUGUGUCUCUCUUCCCCAUCUCCUCUCUGUGUCUCUCUUCCCCAUCUCCUCCCUGUGUCUUUCUCUUACCCCUCUGUCUCUUUGUACCCACAUCCCCUGUGUCUCUCUAUUACCCCAUCUGUCUCUGAGUCCCCCCUUCUCCUGUGUCUCUCCAUUACCCCUCUCUUUGUCCCCCAACCCCUAUGUCUCUCUGUUACCCCUAUGUCUCUUUGUCCUCCCUUCCAUGGUGUCUCUCUAUUACCCCAUCUGUCUAUGUGUCCCCCCUUGCCCUCUGUCUCUUUGUUCCCCCCCAACCUGGUGUCUUUCUAUUACCCCUCAGUCUCUGUGCCCCCCUUCCCUUCUAUUUUUUCCCCCACCUUCCCCUUCCCCUUCUGUGUCCCUUCUGACCUUGUUACAGGAGGACUGAGGGAGGGGGCAGAGCUAACUACCAUGCUCCCUCGCGGUUCCCAUAAUUCCCAGCAUGGACACAUCAUAGAGUAGUGAUUACUCUAUGAUGUGUAGAUGCUGGGAAUUAUGGGAACCGCGAUGGAGCAUGGUAGUUAGCUUCGCCCCCUCAGUCCUCCUGUGCUGACAGUUGUACUGCUGUCAGUAUCAGUGAGUGUAUCGCCGGAUCGCUUAGGCGGCCGCCUGGCACACUCACUGAUACUGACAGCAGCAUAGCUGUGAGCACAGGAGAUGGGGCAGCCGCGAUAUUAUCAAAAUAUAGGGAGCAGGGUUCCCUCUCUAUUUCCAGCCCCACAGGUGCCGCGGCCCACCGGGAAAUUUCCCGGUAUCCUGGUGGGCCAGUCCGGCCCUGUGUGUCAGUCACCAACAAGUACAGACAACAUACUUCAGAUUAGAGAACAGAAUGAUCCGUUUUUGUGUUGAAUGCUUUUAGCUGUUAAUAUGGGUAAAUGGUCAGUAUUGAUAUUUUCAUUAAUAACAGAUCAUAUUUAUUAAUAUUUGUAUUGAUAAUAGGAUUUAUUGAUAUUUUCAUUGAUAAUAGACAUCAUUUAUGAAUGUUUUGUUUUGAUAAUGAACAGAAAUUAUUGAUAUUUCAUUGGUAAUGGACAGGACUUAUUGAGGGUUUUUUUUUAAUAUGUUUAAUGUAAUCAUGUUAAACUGUGCAUCAAAGUAAUUUUCACCUGCUUUCUGACCCUCACAUUUCAGUCUGAUGAAGAAGAUUGCUCAGUACAUAGGAGAAGUCAUGGAUGAUUCAACGGACAAGGCACAAGAAAACCUGUUGGCAAAUGGAGGUAGGUACGCUGGAUCACAACCCAGAGGCAGAGGAUGACAUAAUCCUCUUAAAUCUUCAAGUUAAAAUUUCCAUAAAGGAAAAUUGCCAUGAUGAUUUAUCAUGCGAAAUAAUAUACCACACGGAUCAGAGUCUGUCUGUAACCUCUUGUAAUACAUGCUCAUACAUAAAUACCUAUUUUCAAUAAUGCUGUGUCUGCUUACUUACUGGCACCCUAUGGAGGCAGCCACGGAGUAAGGGUACUCCACUGUUCUCAAAUCUUUAGCUUACUUGGAAGCCCUAGACAUCUAAAAACAUGCGCUGAGCCGGUCCCAAAUAAGCUGCACUUUCAGAUAAAAAAGGACUUAAAUAUGUCCAUCAAUUAUAAAAGAAUUAUGACAGUUUUCCUUGAAUACCAUGUCACAUCAUACCUCCCAACAGUUUUGGAUCCAUCGAGCCCAUCAUGAUUUCAGGCUCCUGAUUGGUUCUUUGGUGUCCUGCGGGGGGUAAGGAGCAUACUGUGCCCAGGUGCAUCUGAAUAUUCACCCAUCAUACCCCUUGUGUGCACAACUUCCUCUCUGGUAGAACCUACAGAUCAUUAAAAUUUAUUAUUGCAACAAAGCAAACACAUUUUGUAUCUUGUUUGUAGGUUUGUAAAGUUUAGUUAUUAUUUUCAAUGUUUUCUUACCAUUGUAAUGUUAAGUGUCAAAAUGUUUAUACUGAGUAUGCGAUAUGCUAUAACCCAGGGGCCAGUAAUGGACACUGUUUUAAACAUAGCAUUAUUUUAAAAAAAUACAAAAACAUGGGGUAUGAUCCAAAGAGAUCAGUGACAAGAACACAGCCAUAGUCUGCAUUUUCAACCUUGUGGGUCUCAGUAGCCUGAAUAAGAAUCAAUCAGAAAUAUGUAUUUUUAAAAAAUCCUAAUAAUUUUUCUUGCAGACAUUCUCUGGGUUGAUUUCAUUUGAGAUUCCUACCAUGAUUAAUUAAUUGUGUUUACUCCUAUAUCAUGUGAAUACCACACACUGCAGGGAGUGCUUUUUCUGCAAAGUCCAGCAGCUUGACUUACUAAUGUAUAUGCCUUUCCUGCUCUUGUGACAUGUGCAGCUACCAGUACAUCCAUUGUAGUCCCUGAUCUCCUACACAAGUCAGCAACCGGAGUCCUGUUUAUACACAGAACAGUGCAGGAAAUCUCUAUUUUGGCAGAAAUGCUGCACAUUGCCCUAACAGCCACGAAUGUAUUUUAUUCAUAAAAUAGUUUUUACAUAAUCUCUUAAAGGGAUAUGCAUCAGUUGACAAUUAUUUUUUAAACCAUCAAGAAAAUAUACAAAACAAAAUAAAGAAAUACAUUGAGAGUGAUGUAACAAUUAUGUUUUUAAACCAGUGAGAAAAUACUUGUAAGCAAAUAUACAAACCUAAAUAAACCAUGAAAAACUUUAAAAAGUAUGGAAUAAACGUUUAUAAACUUACUCUGAACUUGGUCAGAUUGUAUAGUUGGACACACCUCUGAGUAAGGGGACUAUCUUCAGCCUGCAACCCACCGCCAAGCCCCAUCCUCAAUUUCAGACCAGCCCAUUAUGUGUAUGAGUGUCUGUAUAAUGGCGUGUGCGUGUGUUGUUUGACUAUUUGUAUUGUUGUGUGUGUUGUUGUGUUGUAUGUGUAUUUGUGUGUGUGUGUGUUUGAUAUUUAAGCAUUCAGAAAAAUUAUGGUUAAAUCCUAUCAUUACGUUAACCAUAUUUAUUAGCGACAAUUCUUUUGGGUAGGAAUUUAGGAUACUUUUCGCUGACAUAUAUGCUUCAGUUAAUUGUAAAUUUUAGAGUUGCAGAUUAAAAGUUAAAAAAGACAACUCUUUUAUUGGAAAAUGUUGAGGAAAGAUAGAUAAAGGUGUGGUUUUGCCCCAAACUUCUGUAUAUUUUUGGGAAAACCUGAACGCUAUAAUGAACUGUGACAAAAAUUGUGUGGGUUGGUUUGGGGGUGGGGAGCGGGUGAGGGGGGGUGAGAGCAUUGAGCUAACUGGCCUUGGGUCAUCAGAGAGGGUGAAUUUGGCCAUGCAAAUGUUGGCACCUCUGCUGACUCAGCCAAUGGGCAUGCUACAUAAUACCAAGCAAAUCUACAGGAACUCUCAAAUAUGUUUAUCGCUGUUUAUUUUUAAAGCUGUAAACCUUACAACUUGUCUUGUUCCAGGAAAGAAGAGUAAAGUGAAAUGCUCACACAGUAUGUAGCAUAUUAAAGUUUGGAGUGUUUUAUAGUCUUUCUUUUUUUUAGCAUGGACUUUAGAGGACCUGGCUUGACAAGACACGUCUAGUUGUAGGGAUACAGUGAUCAGGUUACGAUGGAUUUCUGACGUAAUGGCCUCGUAACCGGGUCACGAUAUCCGUAUGACUCAGAUAACAACGCCACUCUCUCUUGUGAGUUUUAUCUUUCCUGUGUAAGAGCUCUGCAUGUACCAUGACCGAUGCCUCUAUCUGUGUAUCAUGACUAUCGGUUUGCACAGUUCUAUCCCAUUGUGUAGGAAUAUCUGUGUUAUGAACUAAACGCCUGUAUUUGCAUGUAUUGUAGAAUAGAACACAGUGUGCAGCCAAUCAGGAACAAACUUUGCAGUAAUAAUGGAUGCCAUUGGCUGCACUCUGCUCUUGCAGUCUGUCUAGCAGUCUGUCUAACAAUUCCUUUUCAGUAGUGAAACAUUUUUAUACCAAUUAUACAGUAUGUGUUAGUUUUGUCACCAGCUGGUAAUUAAUAUGAUUACAAAUGUGUGGUUAAUGGUAUGUCAUCUUGUUGUGAAGAAUCACUACUUACAGAAAAAAUACUCAACUUGGUUUGUGGCAUCUUAUAAAAAGAGAUAUGUGCAGUAAACACAUAUAACAUUAUCCAAAAUAGAUGUCGGUUUUUUUUUUUUUCGUUUUAUGGCUUGAUGAUUACAGUUGCUGUCUUUAGACAUAUUAACUAAACUAUGUUUAGAAAGUUUUCUGGGAUCAUAUUGCUUAUUGCUGUAUGACCGCCUUUUUUAACGUUUUACUACAAUACUAGAGUCUCCAGCAGUCCAUCACUUCUAAAUCUUUCAGCCUUUCACAGCGCCCAUUGCUGAUAUGUAUUGGUAUGGCUACAAGAAAGUGUGUGGACAGGGCCGGCCUUAGGCCUUUAGGCGCCCUGUGCGAAACAUCUUCGCAGCGCCCCCACCCCCCCACCCUGUCAUCCAUGUUUAGUGUGUGUAUAGAAGUGUAGUAAUUGUAUAGGGGAUUUAUUAAAUUAAUAAUGAUUUAAAAAUAAAUAUUCAUUACACACACACACAGAGUUACAGGCAGACAGUCACACACACACACACACAGUUACAGACAGACAAUUAAAAACACACACAGGUACAGAUGGACAGUCACGUACAUACAGCCACAUAUACAGUGUCACACAUACACCAUUACAUGCAGACACAGACAGCCACACACACAGGCAGAGAGCCAUGCACACAGGCAGACAGUCACACACACACACGCACAGAGGCAGACAGUCAGUCAGUCAGUCACACACACACACAGGCAGACAGUCACACACACACAGACACAGGCAGACAGUCUCACACACACACACACGCACACACGCACACAUAAGUAGUGCAGCUCCUGGAUUCUGGUUUUUGGGGAAGCAGGGACUCCUUCCUGCUUCCCAUGCAGCAAUUAUCCGGUACUUCUAGCCCUGCCCCCGCUGCACGCUAAGCCCCGCCCCACCGCAAUGUUUUGGUUUUGUUUUUUAUCCCAGGUGGAGAAUAAUGAAAUCCUCUACCCAGAUAGCUGGCAAUGUGUGAGCUGUGCCGGUCGCAGGGCGCCCCCUGCUCCAUGGCGCCCUGUGCGGCCGCAUAGCUCGCACAACCCUAAGGCCGGCCCUGUGUGUGGAACAGUUUAACACUGAAUGCAGAUACUGGACUUCAAUUAGAUAAAAGUGAUUAUAGUGCCUACAGUGUCUUUUUAAAGGAACACUCUGGACACCGAACUUAAAGGCUUACUCCAACCACCAUGAAACACCAACACUGCAUGUACUGAGAUAUCUGUAAUUGUGUGAUGGGGGCUAGUUGCAUCCACAGCACAUGUGACUCUGUUCCGGACUGCAUAAUGUCAAUUCUGUGCAGAAACUACGUCUACAGACGUAGAAACCUUUCCCUUGCCUAAAGGUGGAAGCCAGCUUUCCCUAUCACCAUUCCCUCCCCAAGGGCCCUCCCUUAUACCUCCUCCUGUUGUACAUUUGUGUUGUUUUUUUUCUAAAGCGCUCUCUCCUCUGCCUCCUUCCCCUUGCCUGUCCGGAGAGUGCGCAAGCGCGCUGAGAAGGCAAAAGGGUUUAAUCACAGGCUUGUGCACCCUGUGAUUGAACUGUGUGUGCCACCAGUGACGUCAGGAGGAGGCAUGGCAGAGCAGUGAUUGGGAGCUUCACCUGGCACUGGAUUUGUUUUUUACAGGUUUUACUAAAAUUUGAGGAGGGAACCUUCUCCACACUGUCCGAUAGGGCAGAGCGCACUGGAAAGAACCCCUCUCUCAAAAAGGAUUAGUAACCCUUUACGUGCAUACGAUUGGUUUUGGCCUCAUAUUCAUGUUGCAUUUUUCAGGUUCAACUCUAGUUUUCUAAGAAAAAUAAAUAUUUUCUCAAGCAGAAUCGCCCCCAACCCCCCUUAGCCCCAACCCCCCAUUCACCCACAGCCAAUUACUGCCCUCUUAAUAUUUAAAUAAUAUUUUAAAGCCAUGCUAAGCAAAAAUAGGGCAGAUAAUAUGAGGAAAGCGAGUGGCUCAGCAGCUCAGCCCACACUGAUCUUUCAUUCGCUGAGCAGAAAAUUUCCUCAGAGUACAUCGAAUAAGGAAGUUGCUUUGUGAAAAUAUGGGGAAUGGGUGAGUGGGUUUAUUGCAUUUAAAUUGAGUUGUGGUGUCUGUAGUGUUUGGACAGCAUAACAGUAGUGGGCACAUAUAUCUACUGGAAUCAUAGCUGUUUGAUGUAUAAGAUAUGUAUGUCUAACUCCUCGUAAUGAGCAAAGUAUCAGUUUGUACGCUAACUUUUAAAGUGGACCUUGAAAUACCAUAAGCACUACUGCUUCCUUUAGUGUUUAUGGUACUAAUUGUCCUCUGGCGCUAUCUCAGAGUAAGAAGUCAAAACAUUCAUGGAACCCACCGAUCCUUCUGUAUCUUUCUGCUGAUAUAUGAAUAGAAUGUGCUUGUUACAACCAAUUUGGAACUACCGUAAUAAAUUGUUACCAUCCUCUCCUCCAAAAUGAGUAUUUUACAAAGAUAAAAUCUUAAUGAAAUACUCACAUUAACUGUGUUGGAAUUUCACUGAAAUCCCAACUCCGUCAAACGAUAUAGGGACUACUUUGUCUUAUGUUUUGACAAAGCUUGACAAAAAGGUGGAACUACCGCUGGCAAGCUUUGUCAAGUCCUCAGUCUAGUGGUGAUGACUGAGGGGCUAAAGACUUUGUUUACGGAAGCUCCUGUGGCCUCGCAAGCUCCUCCAUAGACAUCAGUAUUGUACACUUGCACAUGUGCGAGAGUAGAGUGCUGAUCUCGGCUCUUUGAAGAUGGAGCUCCAGGAGUCGAAGAGAAUCCCACAGAAAUAGAUGGCAGCAUCCACAAGGAACAGCUUCAGGUAAGCAAAAGUUUCCCUGCACCAGCGCAUUGCGACUUUGCAAAAUAUGCAAAAAUUGCAUAUAUUUGAAACUGAAAUAUGGGAUUUUUUUUUAAUAAGUAGAUAUAAAUAAAAUAAUUGAAAAUGUUUCUGUUUAUAAAUGAACCUAUCUCUAAUUUGGAUAUUUGUUACUUCUAAUUAAUGAUUUAUUUUUACAAUUUGUUUGGGAUGUCACGCAAAACAAAGGUAUAAUGCUAUAAAUGCAGGACAUAAAAAUCAGAAUGUUCCACGGAAUUUUCUGAAAUGAAUGGAAAACUCUUUAUUCCUUUAGAACCUGUAAGAAUGCUUAACAUAUAUUUAUUCAGCACUAAUAUUUCAUGAAUAAUGUUUAUAAAAAGAAAUACAUGUAAAAGAUAGCACACACUUGCUUUUAGUGCAAUGGAAAACUGAUGUGCGGUGUAAUUGGUGUCUAUUUCAUGAUUGCUGGUAGCCAGUGGAAAGUUGCAGGUAGGGUUAUUUAUCGUAGAGAACACAAGAAGCAGAUCCUGGCUCGUAUCAUUAGCCAUGUACCUGUUCAAUGUCCCAGUGUUCUGGAGACUACCUGUAAUUUAAGGCUCAUUACCCCUGCAAGUUCGUCCUUUGUACUUUGAAUCAACUGGUGUAUUAAAGUGACAUUACUCUUCUCGUAAUGCCAUGUUAAAGUCGUAAUAAAGCUUGAUAGCGAAAACGUCAGCUGUGAAUACAGUUCCAGCCAGAUAUUAGCAUUUUCUUAAACACAAUGUCUAGAUAAGGUAAUACACCCUGUAAUUGGAUAUAAAGUAAAUAAAAGCAAAUCUGACGGAUUCAUGUGAAAAAUAUACAUCUGCAGACUGGUAAUUAGCAAUAUUUCUUUUCAACUGUUUUAUUAAUAUUAUUAUUCUUUAAUUCUAUAAAUCCUAUAGCGCUGCACAAUAGGUGGAUUAACAGACACGUAUUUGCUACAAGAUGAGUUGGACGUACAGGAACCUUCACUAUACAAUAUUGUAGCCUAUACUAACAAAUAUAUAUAUAUAUAUACGUAUGGAUAUUGAUCAUAACAUUAUGAUAAGGUUAUAUUAAUGUCUCUCCCUGCUGGUUGUGAAGUGCGUAUUCAUUUUUUUGUUUUUGUUGGAGUUUAAUCAAUAUUUGUUCAUUGUUUUCAGUUGAUCUUAUCAGCUACAUUUCACGAUUUGAGUGGGACAUGGCAAAAUACCCAGUGAAGCAACCACUUAAGAAUUUAACCGAAUCCCUAUCCAAGGUAUCUUACUGUAGUGUUGACAUCUGCAGUGUGGGGGAUUCAAAUAUUGUUUAUUUUCUGUAAGUUAUGUACACACUAGAUUGGAGUUUUCUAUAAAUUUAGCCCUUGGUGAAUUCACUAUAGAUUCAAUGAUGACCAGCAAUGAUUUUUAAAUUUAUCUGACCUUGAUUUACACACAGUGAAGAAUAUAUACAAUAAUAUAAUUAUCUUGUUUUCAGCAAAUGUCGCAGAUAGAUACGGAUCUAAAAUCAAGGACUCUUACAUACAACAACAUCAAAGGGAACCUUCAGAGUCUGGAGAGAAAGACUGUGUAUGUAUAGUUGUAUGGGACUAUUUUAACAUGGUAUAUUUAGAUUACAUGAUACUCGGGACGGAAAUGUAUUUUGGCACCCCCUCAACUGUAAAAGCAAUUGUGUCUCCCUCUGCAUCACCUCAACAUCCUUAUCUUAGGGAAAUUACAUCGACAUACUGACAUUUAUAUACACAUACACACGUAAUUACAUUCAUGUACACAGAUAUAUUAAUAUAGACACAAAUGGACAUAUAUACAGACACAACCGUUGAUAUAGAUACACACAGAUUCAUACACAAACACACACGGACACAUAUACACACACUCAUUCCUUCAUAUAUACAUAAACACAUAUACACAGUCUCAAUCAUACACAAUCACAUACACAAACAGUCAUUCGUGGUACAUCUCCCCCGUGCUAUGUUACAAAGUAAGUAGGCCGCCAUGCAGUGCCGCCAUUUGUGAGGUCAGAAAGAGGCUGCUUAUAUAGCGUCUAUUUGGUCACCAGGGUGUCCCCAAUCCAGAUGUGACUAAGAUUAUUCAAUGAGUUCAGAUAUGUCAGUUUUGUAUAUGAAUAAACUGAGUUCCUUAGGAGAGCUGCAACCCUGUGCUUCCUCUGCAUGCUCCCCCACUCCCCGAUGAGUUCAAAUAUGUCGGUUUUGUAUAUGAAUAAAUUAAAUUCCUUAGGAGAGCUUGCUCUCUGCAUGCCCCCCUGAAAUCACUGGUUUGGUUUUAGAAUCCUUUAAAAUGUUCCCACCCUUUAAGGACCAGGAGGCUGCUGAAAUUUCUCAACCGGUUCUGAACUUCCUUUGUUUUUAAUGAGAAUGCAGUUCAUAUCACACAAAACCCUGGUCUAAUUUUAUUAUGAUAAUUUAUCCUUUGCCGCAUAGUGAAUCUUUAGAUGAUUAAAUUAUUCUUGCUUUGCUAUCUAGGGGCAAUCUCCUCACAAGAACCUUGGCUGAUAUUGUUAAUAAAGAAGACUUUGUUUUGAACUCGGAAUAUCUCAUAACACUUCUUGUGGUUGUUCCAAAGUAAGUUUUAAAAAAUUAUAAUUCCAUUCUCAAAAAACAUAAAGAGUUACUGUCACUUUUAAAAAUUUUGUGUAAAAUUAAUCCUUUUGUAUUCCUCUAUUUCCCUGGAUGUUAUCUGACUGUAAUAUUAUAACAAUAAUAUAACCAUUUACUCUGGAUACAGUGACCACAUCUAGAAUGGUUCUAAAAAUAAAUAUUGCAGAGAGGGUUGCAUUGGGUGAAUUGAAGACUGCACUCCUCAGCUGUGCUGUAUCUUAGUAAAUUAUUCUGAGUGGGCGGAUGUUUUCCUUAAAGAGGUGACGUAUCAACACUAAUGCUCGACGUACUUGGGGACUAAUUAGUUUCCAUAACAGUAAAAUUUACACUAUGCACGACGGUUAGAGAGCAUAACUUCAGUUUCCUGUAUAUGCUGUAUGCUAGAGCGUUGUGUCCAGGUGUCCAUGGUAUAGGAAAUGUUAACUAUUUUUAUUGUUUGAUAACAUUUGGUGAUUUGUACUUAACAGGCGUAAAGUGUAAUCAAACAAAAAAAACAAGGCUAAUCAAGCAUCAAUAUACUUGGUCUAACGUGCAGGAUACUGAGAUAACUUGUGCAAUUAAAUAAUCUGUUUAUGCUUUUGAAGGACAAGUUACACUGCCUGGCAAAAAACAUAUGAGUCGCUGUCUGACAUGGUCGUGCCUCGAUCAACUAAGUAAGUAGGAAAGGUUAAUGCCAUAUUUAUCUGUUUAUUCUGUUGCCUAGAAAUGAUCUAACAGGAUAUAGGAGAAUUGAGGAGUGGAUGUAGCGCCUUGUAUGUCCUUAGUAGUAUAUGGAAUAAAAAUAGAGAAUACAUGAACUUAUAGUGUAGUAUGUCUUUAGUUUGUUAUAAGGAGAAAAUAAAGAAAUGCAUUUACACUUUAUUAGAGCUAUGAUGCGCCUGAGCAGUAUGAUUCCCAUUUGUGGAUAUAGCGCAGCAUUGAGGUUGGUUAAUCCUUGUAGGUGGUUGGGAAAGAUCUCGUGGGAGAAAAAAAGAAGAAGAAUAUAGUGUAGUAUACCAGGGAUUACUUUUAAAAGUAGAUAUAUAGAUAUAAACUCAUGUUUUAUGGAGCCCUACAAUGGCUCCCAGGGUAUAGCGUGGAGUUGAAUCCCCACUCUAGGAUAUGUAAUUAGUACAGGUCCUCUCCGUUAAAAUAUAAAACAAGAAGAAAAGACUGUAUAGUGUACACCAUUGCGUGUCAAUAUAAACUACAAAUAAAAAUCUACUUACGUAUGGAUGAGUAAAUAAGGUGUGCAUAAUCCUACAGUUGUAGGUGGUAUCUAUCCCCCCAAUGAUAUGGUGUUCAGCCUCGGGAGAUAAGUAACAGCACAGAAAAGUCCAAAGUAUAAAAAAAGUUCUUUAUUUGUAAAAAAAAAACCCAGUACAAGAUAAUAAUAAAAAAAGAUAAUAUAAAAAACAAUAGUGUAAAACCAAAUAAUGAAGUACACUAAUGCAUACACCUUUCUAGGCUUUUUCAAAGUGUGAAAUUGUAACUGGUGUUUAAUGGUUUAAUGAUCUAGGGCAGCAUUUUCCAAUCGGUGUUCUGCAGAACCCUGGGGUUCCUCUGUUAUUUUGUCAAUUCAAAAUGGCCGAUUUACCAAUUUGGUUACCCAUGCAGGUAGGGCCACCCAAUGGGUAUUAUUACUGGAUAGGGGCCUGGUAAGGUGCCGCAACCCGUUAAGAGCGCGACAGGGACCCUGUAGUAUUGGAUGCUGGGACGAAGUAACAGCCGGUCACUUCCUCCCAGACGUAGAGAGCAUCGGGUUGGAUAGAGAGAGGCGGGGAGUGAGUUGCUGCAGACCCUCAACAGAUCAGCCUCAGCAAGCAGUACUCCAAGCAAGUCAUCCUCCUACAGACAAAAGAUAUGCUAACAGGAGGGUGACUACAAAUAUAAAACUAAUAUGAUAUGUAUGUAUCUGUCAGUGUGUGUAUCUUAGUGUUUGUAUGUGCCUGUGUGUGUAUCUGUGUGUCAGUGUAUGUAUCUAUGUCAAUGUGUGUCUCUGAGGGUGUGUGUAUUUAUGUGUAUGUGCCAGUGUGUGUACCUUUGUGUAUGUACCAGUGUGUGUGUCUGUGUAUGUAUGUGACAGUGUGUGUAUCAAGAUGUGUGUGUAUGUGUUAGUGUGUGUAUGUGUUUGUGUGUCACUGUGUGUAUCUGUGUGUCAGUGUGUGUGUGCCUGCCAGUGUGUGUGUAUCUGUGUGACAGUGUGUUUGUGUCUGUGUGUGUAUGUGACAGUGUGUGUAUCUGUGUGUCAGUGUGUGUGUAAGUGCCACUGUGUGUGCCUUAGUGUAUGUGACAGUGUGUUUAUAUGUGUGUCAGUGUGUCUGUCUGUGUGUCAAGGUGUGUAUAUGUGUCACUGUGUGUAUCUGAGUUUGUAUGUUUCAGUGUAUGUACCUGUGUGUCUAUAUGUCUGUAUGUGUGUAUCAAUGUGUGUGUGUGUAUGUACUAAUAUGUGUGUAUCAAUGUGUGUGUAUGUGGCAGUGUGUAUAUGUGUGGCAGUGUGUAUAUCUAUGUGUCAAGGUGUGUGUAUGUGUCGCUGUUUGUAAUUGAGUGUGUGUAUGUGCCAGUGCGUGUAUCUGUGUGUCAAUGUGUGUGUUUGAGUGUGGGUUUAUGUGCCAGUGUGUGUGUAUCUUUGCAUCAGUGUGGGUGUAUAUGUCAGUAUGUGUGUAACGGCGUGUGUGUAUGUGCCAGUGCGUGUAUCUGUGUUUCAAUGUGUGUGUUUGAGUGUGGGUUUAUGUGCCAGUGUGUGUGUAUCUGUGCAUCAGUGUGGGUGUAUAUGUCAGUAUGUGUGUAACGGCAUGUGUGUAUGUGCCAGUGUGUGUAUCUGUGUGUCAGUGUGUGUAUCUGAGUGUAUGUGUGUAUGUGCUAGUGUGUGUAUCUGUGUGUCAAGGUGUGUACAUGUGUCAAGGUGUGUAUCUUUGUGUCUGUGUGUAUAUGAAUAUGUGUGUAUGUGUCAAUGUGUUUAUAAUGCAGUGUAUGUGCAGACAUCCCAGCAAUCAAACACCAACACAACAUGUAAAUACACCCCUGCAAACACAAACAUUACAUACAAAACUCUCCUGAAUUUAAACUCAAAAUUUAUAUACAAACAUUCAAACACAUCCUUUACUCAAACACAAAUACUACACACAAUUGUACACCCGCAUUUAAAAACACUUCAUCCAAAAAUGAUAAAAUGAUAUACAAAAACCAACUCAACACACAAAACCACCCCUGCUCUUAAAUACUACAAUCUGUUUACUAUCCGUAGAAAUUAGUGCAUAUAUACCAAAAAACUAUAUUUGGCAAAAUAGAAAACAUUACACUCUGCAAAUUAAAAGGUUGUGAGCUAUGUCAAGGGGCUCCAUGGGAAUAAUUAAUUGGGAACCCCUUAUCUAGAGCACCCUUUGGCACUUCAGAUGUUUCGGACUACAUUUCCCAUAAUGCUCUCACAGCUAUAAUGCUGGCAAAGUAUCAUUUGUCUGACAGGGGGAUGUAAUCCACGACAUCUGGGGUGCCGUAGGAUGCGUAUCCCAGCUGUAGAGUAUAGAAUUGUUAGGUUGUAACACCGGAAUAUUUCAAAGCUAUGCCAACUGAUGACUAUAGGUCCGGAAACCCGGUAUUUUUCUUAUUGUUCAAUGAUACUUGUUCUCUUUGCAGAAUGAUUGCGGAGGAUGGUGAGAGCGGGUUGUUUACAGUGACCUUAUUCAGAAAAGUAAUCGAGGAAUUUAAAUCCAAAGCUCGGGAAAACAAGUAAGGUUUAGUUUUUAAUUAUUUCUACUGUUAUUAACUACUGGUUGUAGCUCUUUUCUACAUAUUAAAGGGACACUAUAGUCACCAGAACAACUACAGCUUGUUGAAUUUGUUCUGGUGAGUUGAAUCAUUCCCUUCAGGCUUUUUUCAGUAAACACUGUCUUUUCAGAGAAAAUGCAGUGUUUACAUUACAGCCUAGUAUUAACUCCACUGGCCUCAGAUUUCUGCUAGAGGUGCUUUCUGGGGCAGUGCUGCACUGUGAGCAGCACGACCAUUCACUGUCUCCACCCUCUACAUGGAGACACUGAACUUUCCUCAUUGAGAUGCGUUGAUUCAAUUAGUCUCUAUGAGGAGAUGCUGAUUGGCCAGGACUGUGUUUGACUUGUGCUGGCUCUGCCCCUGAUCUGCCUCCUGGACAGUCUCACCCAAUCCUAUGGGGAAGCAUUGUGAUUGGCUCAGACCACUACUUCUGAUGAUGUCAUCAGACAGCAGGCAAGUCAGAGGCAGACAGGGGCAGAGCCAGCAGCUGCAGACUUGAAUACAAGUAAUGUUUUACUUUAUUUAGAGAGGCAAGGGGGUGGCAGAUGGUGGUUUUAACAAUAUAGGAUCAGGAAUACAUUUUUGUGUUCCUGACCCUAUAGUGUUCUUUUAAAUACUCUUAGAAAUGUACAUAAGUGGCUGCAGUUUAUAACUCAGUGUUGUAUUAUUAUUUUUUUUCAAAUACAAGGCUGUUCUGGCAUAGACUGAAAUUAGAUAUGAAAUUGGCAUUCUCGUGAUUUCCUUAUGGGAGCACUUAUAAUUAUUUUUACUCUUUUUUUGAAGUAUCAUUGUUUUUCGUUUUGCUGCGCCAGUAAGUUUGUUUUGCUCAUAAAGGCUGCCAUUAGUUUAUUCGUAUUCACUAAUUGUGAGGGUCUCUGAAUAAUGACCAUGCAUUUAGUCAGGCGGUAUAGAGUUUUAUAUUACAUGCAUGAAAUACAUAUAUAUAUUUUUACCUUUAUUUUUUAUUUAAAAAAUCCACACCUGAACAAAACUUUUAAAAUUGCUUCAAAUGGAAUAAAUAUAUAUAUAUAUAUAAAUAUAUAUAUAUAUACAUAUACACUGCUCAAAAAAAUAAUGGGAGCACUUAAACAAAACAAUGUAACUCCAAGUUAAUCACACUUCUGUGAAAUCAAACUGUCCACUUAGGAAGCAACACUGAGUGACAAUCAAUUUCACAUGCUGUUGUGCAAAUGGGAUAGACAACAGGUGGAAAUUAUAGGCAAUUAGCAAGACACCCCCAAUAAAGGAGUGGUUCUGCAGGUGGUGACCACAGACCACUUCUCAGUUCCUAUGCUUCCUGGCUGAUGUUUUGGUCACUUUUGAAUGCUGGCAGUGCUUUCACUCUAGUGGUAGCAUGAGACGGAGUCUACAACCCACACAAGUGGCUCAGGUAGUGCAGCUCAUCCAGGAUGGCACAUCAAUGCGAGCUGUGGCAAGAAAGUUUGCUGUGUCUGUCAGCGUAGUGUCGAAAGCAUGGAGGUGCUACCAGGAGACAGGCCAGUACAUCAGGAGAUGUGGAGGAGGCCGUAGGAGGGCAACAAUUCAGCAGCAGGACCACUACCUCUGCCUUUGUGCAAGGAGGAACAGGAGGAGCACUGCCAGAGCCUUGCAAAAUGACCUCCAGCAGGCCACAAAUGUGUAUGUGUCUGCUCAAACAGUCAGAAACAGACUCCAUGAGGGUGGUAUGAGGUCCCGACGUCCACAGGUGGGGGUUGUGCCUAUAGCCCAACACCAUGCAGGACGUUUGGCAUUUGCCAUAGAACACCAAGAGUGGCAAAUUCGCCACUGGUGCCCUGUGCUCUUCACAGAUGAAAGCAGGUUCACACUGAGCACAUGUGACAGACGUGACAGAGUCUGGAGACACCGUGGAGAACGUUCUGCUGCCUGCAACAUCCUCCACUAUGACCGGUUUUGCAGUGGGUCAGUAAUGGUGUGGGGUGGAAUUUCUUUGGGGGGGCCGCACAGCCCUCCAUGUGCUCGCCAGAGGUAGACUGACUGCCAUUAGGUACCGAGAUGAGAUCCUCAGAUACCUUGUGAGACCAUAUGCUGGUGCGGUUGGCUCUGGGUUCCUCCUAAUGCAAGACAAAGCUAGACCUCAUGUGGCUGGAGUGUGUCAGCAGUUCCUGCAAGACGAAGGCACUGAUGCUAUGGACUGGUCCGUCCGUUCCCCAUACCUGAAUCCAAUUGAACACAUCUGGGACAUCAUGUCUCGCUCCAUCCACCAACGUCACGUUGCACCACAGACUGUCCAGGAGUUGGCAGAUGCUUUAGUCCAGGUAUGGGAGGAGAUCACUCAGGAGACCAUCCGCCACCUCCUCAGGAGCAUGCACAGGCGUUGUAGGGAGGUCAUACAGGCACGUGGAGGCCACACACACUACUGAGCCUCAUUUUGACUUGUUUUAAGGACAUUACAUCAAAGUUGGAUCAGCCUGUAGUGUGUUUUUCCACUUUAAGUUUGAGUGUGACUCCAAAUCCAGACCUCCAUGGGUUGAAAAAUUUGAUUUACACUUUAACAGUACAGGGAGUGCAGAAUUAUUAGGCAAGUUGUAUUUUUGAGGAUUAAUUUUAUUAUUGAACAACAACCAUGUUCUCAAUGAACCCAAAAAACUCAUUAAUAUCAAAGCUGAAUAUUUUUGGAAGUAGUUUUUAGUUUGUUUUUAGUUUUAGCUAUGUUAGGGGGAUAUCUGUGUGUGCAGGUGACUAUUACUGUGCAUAAUUAUUAGGCAACUUAACAAAAAACAAAUAUAUACCCAUUUCAAUUAUUUAUUAUUACCAGUGAAACCAAUAUAACAUCUCAACAUUCACAAAUAUACAUUUCUGACAUUCAAAAACAAAAUAAAAACAAAUCAGUGACCAAUAUAGCCACCUUUCUUUGCAAGGACACUCAAAAGCCUGCCAUCCAUGAAUUCUGUCAGUGUUUUGAUCUGUUCACCAUCAACAUUCCGUGCAGCAGCAACUACAGCCUCCCAGACACUGUUCAGAGAGGUGUACUGUUUUCCCUCCUUGUAAAUCUCACAUUUGAUGAUGGACCACAGGUUCUCACUGGGGUUCAGAUCAGGUGAACAAGGAGGCCAUGUCAUUAGAUUUUCUUCUUUUAUACCCUUUCUUGCCAGCCACGCUGUGGAGUACUUGGACGCGUGUGAUGGAGCAUUGUCCUGCAUGAAAAUCAUGUUUUUCUUGAAGGAUGCAGACUUCUUCCUGUACCACUGCUUGAAGAAGGUGUCUUCCAGGAACUGGCAGUAGGACUGGGAGUUGAGCUUGACUCCAUCCUCAACCCGAAAAGGCCCCACAAGCUCAUCUUUGAUGAUACCAGCCCAAACCAGUACUCCUCCAUCUCCACCUUGCUGGCGUCUGAGUCGGACUGGAGCUCUCUGCCCUUUACCAAUUCAGCCACGGGCCCAUCCAUCUGGCCCAUCAAGACUCACUCUCAUUUCAUCAGUCCAUAAAACCUUAGGAAAAUCAGUCUUGAGAUAUUUCUUGGCCCAGUCUUGACGUUUCAGCUUGUGUGUCUUGUUCAGUGGUGGUCGUCUUUCAGCCUUUCUUACCUUGGCCAUGUCUCUGAGUAUUGCACACCUUGUGCUUUUGGGCACUCCAGUGAUGUUGCAGCUCUGAAAUAUGGCCAAACUGGUGGCAAGUGGCAUCGUGGCAGCUGCACGCUUGACUUUUCUCAGUUCAUGGGCAGUUAUUUUGCGCCUUGGUUUUUCCACACGCUUCUUGCGACCCUGUUGACUAUUUUGAAUGAAACGCUUGAUUGUUCGAUGAUCACGCUUCAGAAGCUUUGCAAUUUUAAGAGUGCUGCAUCCCUCUGCAAGAUAUCUCACUAUUUUUGACUUUUCUGAGCCUGUCAAGUCCUUCUUUUGACCCAUUUUGCCAAAGGAAAGGAAGUUGCCUAAUAAUUAUGCACACCUGAUAUAGGGUGUUGAUGUCAUUAGACCACACCCCUUCUCAUUACAGAGAUGCACAUCACCUAAUAUGCUUAAUUGGUAGUAGGCUUUCGAGCCUAUACAGCUUGGAGUAAGACAACAUGCAUAAAGAGGAUGAUGUGGUCAAAAUACUCAUUUGCCUAAUAAUUCUGCACUCCCUGUACACUACUGCAAGAGAUUCUGAUGCCAAAAUACCAGAGUACGUGCAGUAUACAAUGAUACCUUUUUUAUUGGACAAACUUAAUAUUUCAAAGACAAGCUUUCGAGAGUUUCCUCUCUUCCUCAGGUCUGAAGCAAUACUGAUCAAUCUAAAAGGGUUUAACACUUAAAACAACUGAUGUUAGAGAAGGGGAGGAAGGGGGUGAGUGGUGUGUCAUAAAUAGCAGAAGAUGUGCCUGAAAGUGAAAGGUUCAGGUUGGCUGGGAAUACAUAUAUAUAAAAUAUUUUUGAUUUAUUAUUUGGCUACCAGAGCACCAGGUAUCACCUUCUGUUAAGUUGGAGUGCAGGAAUUUUCUACAUUUGUGUAUAUAUAUAUAUAUAUAUAUAUAUAUAUAUAUAUAAUAAAAAUAAUAAAUACAUUUCCAAAAAAUGAUAUACUAGUCUUGAUUUGUUCUAACUGUAUUUUGAUAUUAAUAUAUGUAGCGGAGAGCUGGUAUUACACAGCCUAUCUCCACUUUAGAUCCCAGGGAGGUUCAGGAACAAACAAUUAUAAAUCCAUAGGGUAAAGUAUCCAGCAAGCAAAAUAACACAGCAGUAUCCCAACAGCAAUCCCAAUAACUGGACGACACACAGUAUCAGGAACAGAACUAAAGAUUUAUUCACACAGUGGCCUUAUAAAGCCUGCUCCCAUGCAAGGGAGGGAUUUCCAUUAAUUUGUACAGUAGCCAAUCCUGCUCUGGUAACCUCCCACACAUCCCCUCCCCUUAGCCUGCAUCAUAAUCCACUUAUCCAGGACACCAAUUCCCCCCGUUUCUGGAUGUACCCCUAAACCUAGGGGUACCACUUUAAAUUAUACAUCCCCUGGUAGCCCUGAUCUGGGUGAACAACAUAUCCAAAAAUUACCCAGAUCAGACCAGGGGUUCGGGAAAUUUAUGGAGGGAAUAAAAUGACCGACCGCACUGGAAAGAACAGCCGAAUGGGGUUCCUUGCGAUGGGGCCCUGCGGUCGGUCCUGGAGUAAGGGAACAAACUGCACGAAAGCCUCCAGCUAGAGAGACUAGGGAGGGUUCGCCUGAAUCCCCUCGUUCGGUUGUUUCUAUCUACCGAACGAGGGGCUGUUCGGUAGUUUGGAACCGAACGGACCGGGCUUGUAGAGGUCUCAGCGGUGUUCGCCUAGUCGAGUGUCCGAUUUGAGUUCCAGACACUCGACGGCAAAACACCGCUGUUCGGGAGUUUUAAAAUGGCCGUCGCCACGUGUUCGUUUCCCGAAUGGCGGCCACCCCUGAGAACAAAGGACUGCUACUCAGCUUGUCAAUUACCCGUUCGCAACAAUGUUGCAACGGGUAAUUGAAGGCACACUUCACACAGGGGAGGUCUGACUGUUCGGUAGUUUCAUUCGAACAAACUAAGGAAUGAAACUACCGAACAAUCAGACGAAUACAAUACAUUUAACACAUAUAACUUUGCCAUUUACACGAAUGCAUUCAAAACAUAUGUAAUUCUCAGGACAGCCCAGUGCCAUCCGCUACAAUAUACAUAUAUAUUAAAUUCAAAAUACAUUUACAAUGACAUUAUAAAUACAUAUAUGUAUCUAUAUAUCUAUCUCUCUCUCUCUAUAUAUAUAGUUAUAUAUAAAUAAAAAUAAUAAUAAUAAAAAAAAAAUAUAUAUGUAUAUAUAUAUAUACAUAUAUAUUUAAAUUCUACAAAUAUAUUUAUAUAAUAUUUUUACACAUUCAAGUCAUUUUAUUAAUUACAAUUUGAGGGACCUGCCUGACAACCCAUGCUGAAAGUCCAGAGAAUUUGGCUCGUAAGCCCUAUAUUUAACCCUGUAACUUUCUAGGACACCAUAAAACCUGUACAUGGAGGGUACUGUUUUACUCAGGAGGCGAACACAAAUAUUAGCGUUUAAAAACAGUAAAAAAUAUCACACUGAUGAUAUCGUCAGUAAAAAUGCAGUUUUUUGCAUUUUUCACACACAAACUGUACUUCCACUGAUGAUAUAAUUGUUGUGAUACAUUUUACUAUUUUGAAACACUAAUAUUUGUGUUUGGUGAAGUCUCCCGAGUGUAUAUUUCUUUGCAUGAUGCAUACUUUUGUGUGAAACGUUUGUUCUUGUACUGUCCUAUUUUCUGCACACUCCUCAGAUUCAUUGUACGUGAAUUUUACUUCAACGAGAAAGAAUUGCAGUCGGAAAAAGAUGAGAUUGUUAAACUGGCAGCUGAUAAGAAACAACAGUAUGUAAGUAACAGCUAAUAUAGAGUGCAUGGCAUUCUAUUCAUUUACCUUGGACGAUAAAUUGCUUUAAUUUUGUAUAGGACUUAGUAGUCACAAGAGGUAUACAUAACAAGUGUAACAAGUCACAAACACUGCAAAGACAGUUCUAGAACAGUUUUAAAGAUAUUGAAAUCUUCUUAAUGUAAUAUACCUUUUAUUACAGUUAGUACGUAUAUAUGCCCUGUAUAUAUCCAUACAUGUCUUUUUUAAUAAACCAAAAUCCAGUCUAUUCUUAUAAUUGAUAACUAGACUUGUGCAAGGCGGAACAUAGUGGUUUGGCUGAACCGUUUAUUAUGAAAAUUGAAUUUAGUUGGGGACUUCAGACACAUUGGACAGUUUGCUCUUCUGAAAAUCAUCCAUGAAAAACGAUUCAGACAAACAAAAAUGGGUGCUAAAUAUAUUAAGAUAUUAUGCUCCUCCUCCUUUUUCCCACUCUUUUGGUCAAUUCUCUGACCCCUAGCCAUCAACCAUCUUUUUCCCCAUCAUUCAUCUCUUUUUUUUUGGUGCUAUGUGCAGAAUAAUGCAUCCUAAAGCAAACAAACAUGCUUGGUUAUACAUCCAUAUGGCCCUUUGAACAUAUGGAAAUCUGCACAACUGAUGAUUGGAUUAAAUUAGGGCGGAAUGCAAUUCGGCUGGAAUUAAAUGUCUUAGCUGGCUGCGUUACACCCAAUCUCCGACACUCACCUCCGCAAUCCGGCGCUCCGGGGCCACGCUGACUAGUUCCAGGGGGUGUUCUGGCACUGUGUGCUCCCGGGUGGUGGGAAGUGGCGUCGGAGGUUCAGGAAGAGGCCAGAAUAGCCUCAAAACAUCAUGGGGACCUGCCGGAAGUCGAUGCCUAUAUGAUAGGCCACGCCAGCCUACACCACAUUGCGGCCUGCAUCAGGGACAUUGCCCUCAUACACCCAGGUGUCAGAGAGCGGAGGUGGCCUUGGGAACACUUAAAACGCCUGUGGAGAGGUGCCACACGAGGUGCUUGUAGUGCAAUUCACUGCUCCUUUUCAUCCUGUCAAAUGGUUCUUAUCUGCCGUCACAUUAAAUGUUUCUAUGAACAAAAUAUUGAUCUUUAAAGAUUAUUCAGCGCAAGUCACUCAAAGGCAUGGGCAUUUACACCCAUUUUCUCAGAGCUAUACAAGAGAGGAAUCCGUUUUGCUCUUCUCUACCCUGCCACUCUUCACCUACAGAUUGACAAUCACACUCUCAUCGGUGGCUGAGGCAUCUAAGUUCAGGAUGUCAUGCCGGACUGGGACAAAGACUCGCCGAGUCGCCCCUCCACUAAACAUGAGGAACAGUAAAAUCAUUGUUCUUAUUCUCUUUAUAUAUAGUUUGGGCCUCUAGGCCCUAUUCAUGCUGGACUUGCUGUGCACCCCACUCGCUCCAUCCCUGGGACUUGUCCGUCUGCUCGGUCUGGGACAGAUGGAAACCCAAACAUAUGCAUUCCCGGAUGAUCAGAUACACUCCACACCAAGGUAUCAGCUAGCCAAGGAUGUCUCAAACACCACAAAUUUUACCUGCUUCCCCUCUCAAGUUCCUCUCGUGGAAUGUGAAAGGUGCAACACACCCAUAAAACGCAAGAAAAUUCUAUACUACUUAACCAAACACCAAGCCCAAGUCACAGUUUUGCAGGAAUCACACUGGUCAUGCUUUGACACCACUCAACUCAAGGAUCCUUGGAUUCAAUCCAGUAUAGCUGCUAAAUAUAACUCCAAGGCCAUAGGUGUGGCGAUCCUGCUACACUCUAACCUACAAUACGUAAUCCACAGUUGUGACACAGAUCCAGAUGGUCGUUAUAUCAUCUUGUGUCUCCCUAUCAACAAUACUUGUUAUUGCAUUGUCAAUGUAUAUGCUCCAAAUUCAUGUGCUAACACCUUUUUCACUAAAUUACUGACAUUACUCACUCAAAUUGACAUUGACCAAAUAAUUGUAGGGGGUGACUUUAAUGCCGUCCUUGACCCAUCUAAAGACAGAUCCUCGUUGGGGUCAGCACCUCCCACAGACAGUGACUGUAGGCUUCUUUACCUGAUUACCUCAUGUAACUUGCAUGAGCCAUGGAGAAUAUUGCAUGGUGGGGAGCGGGAUUACACGUUCCAUUCUAUGGUACAUAACACCUUUUCAAGAAUCGAUAGAUUUUUAGUCACCCCAGCGGUGUUACCCUAGGUCACUAGUGCCAUCAUUGAAACGAUCGCAGUCUCAGAUCAUGCACCAAUUACACUUUUGGUCAACACCAUACCCUCCUACCCUUUUACUGCACAUUGGCGUUUUCCGACAUAUCUCAUUAAUAAUCCAUCUUUCCAGGGUCACCUACAUUUAUCGCGAACCAUGCACAAUCAAAGCUGGAUUUCCAGCAACAACACAUUUUCCUGUGGGGUGGAAGGUCUGGAAAACUAUUAGCUCAACUGGCCAACCCCAAGUCAAAAUUCAAACCUAUAACUGCAACCACUUCACCAGAGGGUAAUCGCUGCACCUCACAUGUGGCGAUCAAUAAAUUGUUUUAUGAAUAUCACCCGCAAAUGGCAAAGGCCCCUGUCAGAUGACCAUAACCGCAGCAUGACCUUUCUCGGUUGGUCGAGGAGUCCAGGGAGCUUCUCAAUGAACCUAUUACAAUAGAGGAAAUACACAGGGCGAUCAAGACCCUUGAAUAGGGGAAAACUCCAGGCCCUGACAGCUUUACAGCAGAAUCUUACAAGGCCCUGAAGCUUGAAAUUAGUCCCACUCUCAAAAACGAGUUUAACCAAAUAUACUUGGAUGGUUUCCAAUUGGAUACCCUCAACCAGACCCGAGUCAUCCUCAUUGCCAAACCUGACAGGGACAUGAAGGCCCUUGCCUCCUAUCAUCCGAUUUCCCUGCUUUAUCAGGAUAUCAAACUCGUUACCAAAAUCAUAACAUUGAGAAUACAAACGUUCUUGCCUAACUUUCUUACCACUCACCAACUGGGCUUUGUGAGGGGCAGACAGAUGGUCACUGUGAUCCAUAGGGCAUUUCCAAAUUACCCCCCAUAAAGGAGAAAUGUUCACUUCCAAGUUAUAUUCCUGGGUUUUUACCUUUUGCACAUAACACGGUUACUAAUAAAUUAGCUAUGUUCAUGAUUGACAUUUAUUUUUUUCUUCCAGGGGCCCCUACUUCGAUGGCUGAAAGUAAACUUCAGUGAAGCGUUCAUAGCCUUGAUUCAUAUAAAAGCCUUGCGUGUUUUUGUUGAGUCUGUCCUCCGGUGAGAGCAAAAUAUAUAAUUCUGAAAAUAUCUGCCUUUUUUUGUGUAAAUUCUGCAAAGUAGUUAUUAUUACAUUGCUUAUCAAUUUCAAAUUUGCCUUAAAAUAUGCAUGGUACCAUCAAAUGUUCUUAACGUUCUUCAGAGAUGUAAAUUAUCAUUAACAUGUUGCCUGUCUGUGCUCAUUUUCAUAUCAAGCUGGGAAUUCUGGGAGACUUGUGGAAACAGAUAUCUCUGAAUUGCUGUGCCUAAAAUUGACUUUUCCCAAUGACAUAUAUGAGAUAUGUAGAUGAUUCACAACAAUAAAUUGUGAAUUUGCAUAAAGCAUUGAGGAGUUUUAUAAUGUUUUGCUCUUACUACAGCUUAAUUAGUACUCUACUUUAUAUAUAGUUUCACGUUUACAAUGUAUUUACAGUCUGACAGUGACUGUUCUGAGUUAAUUUACCAAGGCGCCAUUAUUUUUUUUUUUUUUUGAAGGUAUGGAUUGCCAGUGAACUUUCAGGCCGUGGUUCUGCAUCCCAAUAAAAAGUCAAUGAAACGAUUGCGAGAUGUGCUAAAUGCAAUCUUCAGGCAUCUGGACGAGGCAGCUGCUGCAAACAUGAAGGAUGUAAGUAUUAGGCACAAAACGGCUCCACUGACGGGUCAAAAUGACAAGGAAAAUUACAUUACAAAUUAAUAUAAAAGGAUAUUUUCAUGUGUCUACUAUCCUUCCAUCUACAUUAAAAGAUCACUAUAAUGUCAGGAAAACAAACUUGUUUUCCUGAAACAAUAUAACCCUUAGGUCCCCCCCUACCCUCAGGGCUCUACUCCAUUGGUGCUAAAGGUUAAAACCCCUUGAGUUACUUACGUUAAUCCAGCGCCAGCUCCCUCGGUGCUGGUGACCUCUCAUCCCCCGCCAACGUCAGCUCCUGAGUGGAGCGGAAUGCGCAUUCAAACAGUCCAUAGGAAAGCAUUUCUCAAUGAUCAUCCAUGAAAAACGAUUCAGACAAACAAAAAUGGGUGCUAAAUAUAUUAAGAUAUUAUGCUCCUCCUCCUUUUUCCCACUCUUUUGGUCAAUUCUCUGACCCCUAGCCAUCAACCAUCUUUUUCCCCAUCAUUCAUCUCUUUUUUUUUGGUGCUAUGUGCAGAAUAAUGCAUCCUAAAGCAAACAAACAUGCUUGGUUAUACAUCCAUAUGGCCCUUUGAACAUAUGGAAAUCUGCACAACUGAUGAUUGGAUUAAAUUAGGGCGGAAUGCAAUUCGGCUGGAAUUAAAUGUCUUAGCUGGCUGCGUUACACCCAAUCUCCGACACUCACCUCCGCAAUCCGGCGCUCCGGGGCCACGCUGACUAGUUCCAGGGGGUGUUCUGGCACUGUGUGCUCCCGGGUGGUGGGAAGUGGCGUCGGAGGUUCAGGAAGAGGCCAGAAUAGCCUCAAAACAUCAUGGGGACCUGCCGGAAGUCGAUGCCUAUAUGAUAGGCCACGCCAGCCUACACCACAUUGCGGCCUGCAUCAGGGACAUUGCCCUCAUACACCCAGGUGUCAGAGAGCGGAGGUGGCCUUGGGAACACUUAAAACGCCUGUGGAGAGGUGCCACACGAGGUGCUUGUAGUGCAAUUCACUGCUCCUUUUCAUCCUGUCAAAUGGUUCUUAUCUGCCGUCACAUUAAAUGUUUCUAUGAACAAAAUAUUGAUCUUUAAAGAUUAUUCAGCGCAAGUCACUCAAAGGCAUGGGCAUUUACACCCAUUUUCUCAGAGCUAUACAAGAGAGGAAUCCGUUUUGCUCUUCUCUACCCUGCCACUCUUCACCUACAGAUUGACAAUCACACUCUCAUCGGUGGCUGAGGCAUCUAAGUUCAGGAUGUCAUGCCGGACUGGGACAAAGACUCGCCGAGUCGCCCCUCCACUAAACAUGAGGAACAGUAAAAUCAUUGUUCUUAUUCUCUUUAUAUAUAGUUUGGGCCUCUAGGCCCUAUUCAUGCUGGACUUGCUGUGCACCCCACUCGCUCCAUCCCUGGGACUUGUCCGUCUGCUCGGUCUGGGACAGAUGGAAACCCAAACAUAUGCAUUCCCGGAUGAUCAGAUACACUCCACACCAAGGUAUCAGCUAGCCAAGGAUGUCUCAAACACCACAAAUUUUACCUGCUUCCCCUCUCAAGUUCCUCUCGUGGAAUGUGAAAGGUGCAACACACCCAUAAAACGCAAGAAAAUUCUAUACUACUUAACCAAACACCAAGCCCAAGUCACAGUUUUGCAGGAAUCACACUGGUCAUGCUUUGACACCACUCAACUCAAGGAUCCUUGGAUUCAAUCCAGUAUAGCUGCUAAAUAUAACUCCAAGGCCAUAGGUGUGGCGAUCCUGCUACACUCUAACCUACAAUACGUAAUCCACAGUUGUGACACAGAUCCAGAUGGUCGUUAUAUCAUCUUGUGUCUCCCUAUCAACAAUACUUGUUAUUGCAUUGUCAAUGUAUAUGCUCCAAAUUCAUGUGCUAACACCUUUUUCACUAAAUUAUGGACAUUCUGCACGCUGAAUGCAUUUUCGCAUCCAGCAUCGCAGAAGUGCCUCUAGCGGCUGUCAGCCACUAGAGGCUGGAUUAACCCUGCAAUGUAAACAUAGCAGUUUCUCUGAAGGGUUAAAACCUGGGGGACCUGGCACCCAUACCACUUCAUUGAGCUGAAUAGCUCUGGGUCACAAUAGUGUCCCUUUAAAAUAUACAUUAUACACAGAGGCUACAGUAUGUAGAAUCUUCUAUUUAAUGUUUCCUUCAAGCCUUUCCUUGAACCUUCUAACUGUACUUUACAGUAUCCCUUUAUACAGUUGAAUGUUUCUACUGUGUUCUCUGCGACUAAAAUUUCCCAGAUCCCUUAGUAUUUCUUAAAGUUGUUUCAUAGGUUGUCUUGUUUUAUCUCUCAAAAGAGGAUUAUUGGGCAUAUUGAGCCAAAUCUAAGUUUUAAGUAUUUGUAUUCCAUAUUCUAUAGUAUCAGGUACAGAACAUUGCAAUGGUGAUCACUAGACAUGAUGUACCCCCCAAAAUCUUCACUCAUUUCAAAGAGGGUUUUGAAUAAAUCAUCCUAGUUCCAAUAUGACAUUUUUUAUUUUCUGCAGUUUUAUUUAGGAAUAUAAAUAAUCAAAUCUUGUAGGAACAUUCAAUUUAUUAAUUCAUCAUUAACGGAAAUACACAAAACAUACUUUUCUUUUGCGUAUCACACAAUCUUCUGAAUAACUGUUAGAACUCUAUACUUGUGGCACUAAUGCAGGUGGACCACAAUUUGUGCUCUGGGAUAUUGUCUAGUUCAUAGAAAUGUAUACCUUCUCUGUUCUUUUUCAAUUCUCUAAACGGUUACAUCCGUUUAAACACAACUAUGCGAUUAGGACAAUGGAAAUUUGAUUCACAAUAAAGGGAUUAGUUGUCAAUUCCAAGUUAUUUUAAUUUACUUAAAUUAAUAGAAAAAUGCAAAGCACAAUUCAAGUGCCAAUUUCUUCACAUUUGUGAGCUAUAGAAACAUUAGAUAAUAACGUAAGAGACAGCUUAGUUGUUCUCAGGAUGACCAUGACCAGCUACGAUAGUGUGAUAAUUUAACUAAAGAUUAUAUAAUUUAGAAUGGGAUAAACUAUAUUCUAAGGUAGGAAUAAUCAGAAUGUAUUUGGGGAAGAUUUUUUUAUACAACACAAAAUGUAACAUAUAUGAUAUAGAUUUCAAGUGUAUAUUUUUGUCAGGUUAGAGUAUGUGUUCACGGCUCUUCUCUCGGUAAACGGGUGUGGUGAUAUUUUCUAGAAUAACGAGAUAAAAUUACCUUGUACAAUGUCCUAAGCAAAUCUGGCAGUCUUGUUUUAGUAAUAUUUAAAUGCUUAUGCCAUAUUUAAUAUUUCCAAUUUGGCCUUACCGGCUACAUUUAUCAAAAUGUGUGGAAUAAUGAAAAAAAAAUCUGUUAUUAAUUAUCCUUGCUAAUACUAUUAUUAUUGUGAUGGACCGCCUGGCACCCCGACUGGGUGCCUCUGCCAAUCAAUUUCCUGGAAGUCUUAUUUUGGACCGACCGCACGCAUGGUCCUAUGCGCAAAAUAGUUCCAUAGAAUCAGGGCUAGUGAUCGGUCUAGUUCGGUAGUUUAAAAAUGAACAAACUACCGAACAUAGUCAAUGGUCUUACCGUGGAGCUUAUUCCCCUUGUUCAGACGAAUGAUUCCACCGAACAGUGCUCUUCUAAAUUGUGUAGAACCAAACGCAGACGAUGAUGGAAGUCCAGCGGUGUUCGGGAGUUUCUGUGUCCGAUUUCAGUUCCAUGUAAUUCAUGCCCAAACACCGUUGCCUGCGUUGGUGCGAACAAGAUGGCCGCCACCUUGUGGCCGUUCAUGGGAACAGUGGCCAACCAUACCAUCAAUUAGAACACUGCGGUUAGAAUCGUUACCAAGUGUUAAUAGGUGGUCUCUGGUUCCCUUUUAAAGUAUUUUUGCCAGGUUUAUCACAGGGGCCAUAGUUCUAAAGCAGGAGGCUGGCAAGCAGGCCCCUCCAAGAACACGUGGCAGAUACAUUUCUGCUACAAUUAUUAUUACUGGUAUUUAUAUAGCACCAGCAUAUUCCGUAGCACUUUAUAUUAUCAAAGGGGGAGAUUUAACAAUAAAUAAUACAAUUACAAAAACUUACAGGAACAAUAAGUUGAAGAGGGCCCUGCUCAAACGAGCUUACAGUCUAUAGGAGGUGGGGCAUAAAACACAACAGGACAGGAGGUAGCAAUCAAACAAGGUGGAGUUAAGCAGAGUGCUGCCCUUUAGGAGAGAGCUAGGGACAGGUACAUGAGGUAGAGGUUACUCUGGGAGGCCAUAAGAUUUCCUAACGAGAUGAGUUUUGAGGCACUUUUUAAAUGAUUGAAAACUAUAGGAGAGCUUGAUGGUUGUAGGCAGGCUAUUCCAAAGGAAAGGAGCCACCCGCGAGAAGUCCUGCAAGCGUGAGUUGGCUGUACGGGUGUGAGCAGCAAACAGGAGAAGGUCAUGGGCAGAGCGGAGAGACCAAGAAGGGGCAUACCUGCGGAUCAAUGAAGAGAUAUAGGCUCCCUGUGCUGUAUGAAGGCAACAUGAAUUUGUAGUGGAAGUCAGAUUGGGUGCGUGACUUCCUCCAGCAGCGUUCAGCAGAACGGUAGCAUCUCUGCAGUUAGCGUGUUGAUUUAGUGUGCCACGGUUGGGGCGUGUUCUCCUCGAGGUGCAUGUUUGGAGUGGGGCUGCAGCGUCCAGGGCAGAGGUGAGGGUAGUGUUAUAGGAGGAGAUAGCCAGUGAGGGACAGGAGAAAGUAGGGAUGGAUAGAAGUUGGGAAUCAGUAUUAGCUGAUAACUGCUGGAGGUCAAUAUAAUUCAGAUUCCUUCUAAGUUGAGGAGGGUUAGGUUGAGGACGAUGGAGUAGGGGGCUAUUGAGAGCAAAUGAUAAGAGGUGGUGAUCUGAGAGAGGAAAUGGAUUGUUGCAGAGAUUAGAAAUUGUACUUUCAUGAGAGGAAAUAAGAUCAAGGGUAUUGCCAGCCCCAUGGGUGGAGGACUUAGCUCACUGGGAUAGCCCAAGAGAGGAGGUCAUUAAAAGUAGUUUUGAGGCUACUGAGGACAAGGGUGGGUUAAUGGGAAUAUUGAAGUCCCCAAGAAUUAGGGAUGGAAUAUGAAAGGAGAGGAAGUAGGGAAGCCAAACAGCAAAGUGGUCAAGGAAGAGGAGAGGGGAACCAGGGGGAUGAUAGAUAACGGCAAUGUUAGCAGAGAUAGGUUUGAAAAGGCGAAUUUAAUGAAAUUUAAAUGAGGAGAAGGAGAGGGGAGGGGUGUAGAGGUUUGAAUGAGCAGUGCGGUGAGAUUAAUGGGUUAAUCACAGGGAAGUUAAAGUAAAUAUGUGUAAUGUAAGAUCCUGGAAGUAAGAUGUUCGCAGUACUAAAUGCAGGCCUAGUAUAACAUGGGGAUAGAAACCUUUAUAAUUAGACAUGUCCUGCAAUUACCCACUAAAUUACACAUCGUUUACAAUGAAUGCAACAUUUCUUAAAAUACAUUUUAUCUCCACAGGUAGGAAUGGACAUUCCUGGCUUACAGCUCAGCAAUCAAGAUUAUUAUCCUUAUGUCUGCUUUAAGAUUGACCUGACAAAUCUAGACUUUUGAUUAAUGAAUGGAGAUGAAGUAAUUUAUAAAUGCAUCUAGUUGGACAAAGUCGCAAGAUAUUUAUAGUGAAUUGCAGCCUCUAGUGACCAUUUUAUGUCAUUACACAGUCUUUAUCCCAGAAACACAUGAACGUAAUGUUGCCGUGAUAAAAUGUAAUGCCUUUUGUCAGAGGGUUAUUGUGCAUUGUUCCAACAUUUGCAAACUGUAAACAUCAGCCAGUGAUUGACUGGAUUUACAGAUAAAUAGAAUGAUCCCAAAAAUGGCAGAAUACCUUAAAACUACUAAUUUUCAGGGAACAGAGAUUCACUGACAGAAUUGUGUGGCAAGCAACUCCCUUGAUGUCUUUUACAAAGAACUGGUGUAACUGCAACUUUAUAGUAUUUAUUUGUACAUUAUUAAACAGAUUUUAUGCUUAUUGGACAACGUCUGUGUAAAGAGAAAAUAAAAUUUCAAAAUGCCUUCAUUGCUUUCCCUAGAUUUCCUACUAUAUAAAUUUGCAUUAGAAAAGGUAUAUUUAAACCUUCCCACGGUUUUAAAAGGAAC